AUGGACGUCGAGAAUGCCCAAACGCACAGUCUCUUGGCUCCUACGCCAGAGUACUUGGCGUCAGUGUCGGUCUUUCCACUAAUUCCCCAUCUAAAGAAAGACGUGACGGUAGGCACUGUAGAUACUGCCUUGAGUUGGGAACAGUUGACAGCGUCUGACAUCAACUUCGCGGUUGUUCGUCCCCUCGUCUUCAAAUAUGCAAGACUCGAGAACCUCGCGGUGGUAUAUGCGUGCCUGGUGGUCCGCGCACACUAUAUUUCAGCAGCAGAGGAAGACCUCGCAUACUCAGGAGUGAUGCUCUCACGAGCCAAUCUCUGUGAGAUCCUGGCAAUGAAGCUCCUGGGGCGCUUUGCUUCCAGUAAGAUCCAGCUCGUUGCCGUCCUGACCGCGAGCUGGAGCCCUCUAGCGGGGGCACCGCAAGAGGUCGUCAACCAAGUGAAGGAAGCCCUAGGUGGAGACGAGGAUGGGAUGAACGACCCGCAAUGUGCACUUGAGAUGGCUAUAACAACGCGAGCGAAAGUAUUUCUGUCUUCACCGGUCGUACAGACUGUAGUGGACGACAUAUACUCUGGUCGAGUGAUUUUCUCGAUGACCUCGAACCGGUCGGUGCUGGCGGACAACUACAAACCCCGUGCCAUCGAAAUCUAUGACUACACCAAGACCCCAUUUCUUGACCAUUACAGGUUGCGUGUCCCUAAAUAUGGCGCAAUAUUGGAAUUCCUCAAUUUCGCGCUUCUUCUUCUAACUUUUGUUCUCUGUCUCUCCAAUCAGGACGUACAGCAUAUGUCGAGCGCCGAGAUAGUCUUCGUCAUAUUCGCUGUAGCAUUUGCUCUCGAGGAGUAUACAGCGUCGAAAGAACAUGGAUGGGAAAUUUAUAUCGCAAACAUGUGGAAUGUCUUCGACACGGCCUUUAUUUUCGUGUUCCUCUGUUAUAUAGUCCUACGGAUAAAGGGCCUGGUACAGGAUGAUGCAAUGGCUUCCGAGUGGGCCUUCGACGUCCUUGCAUGUGGGGCCUGUAUAUUAUUCCCUCGUCUCGCCUUCUUUGCAAUCAAGAAUAAUUUAGUAGUUAUAGCAUUGAGAGGCAUGAUAUCCGAAUUCGUGUUCUUCAUGGGCAUUGCAGCGAUAUGCUUCUCGGGGCUCCUCUUUACACUCCAUACGCUAGCGGGCGACAAAUGGAGUAUACGAGGCAUCAUAUGGCUCAUGGUACAAAUAUGGUUCGGUAACACCUACCUCAGCUUCGGACAGGCGGCGAGCUUCCACCCCAUUUUCGGGCCCAUCCUGAUGACAGGCUUUGCGGCGUUGUCGAGCACUUUGCUGCUAACAAUAUUGAUCUCCAUACUCUCCAAUACUUUUGCUCGCAUUGAUGCGAAUGCUACGCAAGAGUAUUUGUUCCAAUUUGCUAUCGCUACAAUCGAAGGGGUCAAGUCGGAUGCCCUUUUCAGCUAUCAGCCUCCCUUCAACCUCCUCGCCUUUGCUAUACUAUGGCCCGCAAGCUGGUUCGUGUCACCGCGCACCUUGCAUAGUGCCAACGUCUUCCUGAUACGGUUUACGUCAUUUCCGAUAUUGGUCACCAUAAGCAUAUACGAACGCUACUUUGCAGCCGGCAAGGGGCUGCGCGAGUCGGGCAAAGAUGCAGCACAGUCGGUCUACAACAGCUUACCACGCCGACUCAAGAAUAUGCCCAUACUAGACGCUCUAAUGGGUGCCAAUGCGAGUGAUGUCUAUGAUGCGAUCUUCGAUGUGGACCUGGAUCAACAUGCGACGACAAUGCUGUUUGACGAGUCCGAUGACGACCUUGACCCGCCACCAGACUUGCAUUCUCUCCAAUCAAGAGAUACUUUACGAGAUCGACGACCAAUGAGUCCCAGCAGCAGCAGACAAGAGUCGCGGCGGCCUCCUGGGUCCCCUCUACGAGAGGGCAAUGACCGUCAUCGCUCCCCGGGUGGUUCUCCCCGGCUUCGGGGAAAGGUCCUGCCACCACUAAUACAAACCUCAAGCUCCGCGGAAGUAGCUUCCCAGUCAAAGCCAAGCCCCUUGUCCAAGCUCUUCUCGCCCCGCAGUGUUAGGCAGAGGGCCGUGUCUCAGUUUGACCUUAGUUCGGUCCCGCAACAAACCGAGGCUGCUCUGAAAAGGCUUGAAGGACUGUUGGAAGACGCUCGUGAUCUGCCGGUCAAUAAAUUGAGGGACGAGAUAAAGGAGCUGCAGGAACGUCAAGCGAGGAUCGAGAGCCUCCUUCUGACCCUGACAAGAGGAAUGAGAAAUGAAACGGGACACGUUGCACGUCAAGGGACUCUACCUUAGCCCUGUACCUCUGUUCAUCCCUUUCUGUCGAUGCAUAGUCGCUUCAUCCCCACUGCAAAGCGCGGACAGAAACAGUGUAUUCUAAUGCAUCCGCUUUUCACGGUCUUGCGAACUGCG